CGUUAUACAGCGCAUUACAUAAUGGCAGAUCCCAGACGAUUUGAUUUUUCCCCUGCUUUCUUAUUUACUUAUGUGAAUAAAUUACUUUAUAAUGCUUGGUUCUUUAGUUCUUUCAUUAUUCUAGUGGUAGUUCUUGAUUAUUUGUUUUUUCCUCAUUUUUUUAUUGUUUGUUUAAUUUUGUAUAAAUUAUUUUUGUUAAAAAUUGAAUCCCUUUUUUUUUUCUCCUUUUAGUCUAGUUUAGUCUAGUUUUUUUUGAUUAUUUAAACAAAAUAUCAAAAUAUUU